AUGGCAUCUACUGCAAAAAAUUCUAUUCCUUUGUGUGAUCCAGACUAUCUCAUCCAAAUUCCACUGUCUGAUUAUGUUAAAAAACUGGAUGUCAAAGUUAGAGAGCGUUAUCUAAAGAAGAUCUCGACUAUCGGAAUCGAUCCUGUUCUAAUAGAUGGGAAACGCUUUGAGCCUGAUUCCUCACCGCCGGUAGAAUCGAUGGAUUUGCACUGUUAUUUGGUUCUCGAGACUAGCUAUUAUAUGCAAAAACAAUUUAAGGCCUUCCACAGUCUCGAGGCCAACAAUCAAAUGGUGUUAAGCUUUGUUUGCAACUUUCAAGGACAUAUCAUCGCAAGUUUGUGGCGUUGGCAAAAGUGCGGCAUUCACAGCACAUGA